AUGAUUACUAGACGUCAAAGAAAAAGUAGAUCUGUUGGACCUGGUCUAAAAUUUAAUCGUUUAGUACCAAAAAAACAAUCAUUGGAUAACAUUAAUACUGGAAAAUAUCGAAAACGAGUUGCCUUAAGUAAGAAAAAUUGUACAGAGGAUUUGCAAAGAAUUGCGGGAUGUUUUGAAGAAAUGAUAGAUGUUUUCAACAAUGAAGUUAUUAUUAAUGAAGGAAAUCAACUUGAGCCUGAAAAUAUCCAAAUUCCAGAUGAUAAAUUAAAACUUAUUAAUGAUUUUGAAGCAAGAAUUUUAAUGGAUUCUAUAAAUUGUAAACUUAGUCAAGAGAUACAAGGUUUAAAAGAAUUAGAAAAAAUGAUUAAUGGUGGAAAAGAAAUUCUUAAUCUUGAUAGACGAAUCAAUGAUGCAUUAGAGUUUGAAAAGUCAUAUAACCAGAAAUUAAAAGAUUUAACUAUUCGUGAAGCACAAACUAAAAACGAAAUAGAUCGUUUGACGGAACAUUAUGAUACCAUUAUGAAAUUUACUGAAGAAUCCGUUACUCCAGUAUUAAAUAAAAUUAGUCACCGUGAAGAUCUUCUCUCUAAAGCUAGUGAGAAAAUAAAAGAAAUUGAAGAUGCUAUAAAUCAAUUGACAAUGUCAACUAUUUAG